AUGAUCGCGCAUGUGGCACCCGAGAGGGAGGAAGUUUUGCUCAGUGUUGAAAGGGAUCCUAUCUUCCAAGGCGAAAAUGGGGCAGAUGUUGCAGCGAGUAACUACACACAGUUAACCGAGCGGAUCCGUGAGGUUGUUGCGCAAGAGGCCCAAUUGGGCUCGAUGUUACAUGACUUGUCCGUGCUAAAGACUUUCGGCGACCUUCUCAACGAGUUCAAUACGAAUCUCGCAAAGUCACUGUUUCAGGACUGUUACCGCGCGCUUCAGACUCUACGGCAGAAACUGAACACGUCUAGAGAUUGCUUUGUGAAACAACCACUGCAUUUCCAGAGAUCUUUGAUGAACUAUAUAGAUGAAUUGCACUUGACACUGAUAGAAAGAAUCUAUGAGAUCAUCAGCACCGAUUUCUGGUCCGUGACGCACGAUUCUAUCACAUUCCACAACAAAAUAGUCUGUUCCGAGGGCAGUGGUGGUCAGUUCGAAUACCGCCAGUUUAUGGAGCUCGUCAAAAAACUGUUCUUCUGGGAUGAUGGGGAGAUAUCCACUGAGGAUACUUGGUUUCUGAAGGAUAUGGACCUGAACAACCCAAGCAGCAACAUCGUUAGAAACAAACUUUCGGAAAUAUCCAAGAACUAUCUGGAACUCAAUGAGAUAGUCGUUAAUCUAAAACGUGGGAUAUUCGAUAACAGUAUCAAAUUCGAGUUCCAAGCGGAGUCCUGCACUUUGUCAUUCACAAAAGUUAAGAACGCAAUUCCAAACAGCAGCGGCAGCUACAAUAAGGCUGCACUCGCAUCCGUUGUCGAAAGUAUAAACGCACUGGCUGACUUUCUAAUGCAGUGUAUUGAUGGUAACGAUCUUGUAAUCAUUCUUUCCAAGCUGGGCCCGCUGCUAUCAAAUGAACUUUUGAACUUCCUGAGGAAGAAUGCCACUGUGAUUCUCAGGGAUUCGGACCCAUCCAUAAGGGAAGGUAUAGUCUUAAUCAAUAAUCGCUUUGGGGUUCUGGCAUCGAAGUCCAACGGGUUUUGGAACCAUAACCGUAAUGAUAUUGAACACUUGCUAAACGAUAAGCAAUUGUAUAUCAAUCUUUUGGUAGACGACGCCUUUGCAAAAACUUUCAAAGAGAUCAGAAACAUCUUUGCAACGGAUUCGUGGAAGCAGACCAGUGUCAUAAACAUUACUAAUGCGGCUAUCUCACAAGAGGGCAAUCAAGCGCAUUCCGAUGAGCUAAGGGAGCCAGCACAAUCAGAUACGAUGAAAGACGACAACUGUGAUUGGGGGACCGGAGAUACACCCAGUAGGCGAAACGAGGAAACGUCAUCUGUGACAGCAGACGAUAACGACGCUUGGGGUGAGGAGAUUGAUAUUGAUUUAGAUGAUCUGGAACCGGAGACGCCUAAGAGGGAUGCUGAACAGACGGAGGACAGCGCUGUCGCUGACGAGAACGAUGAUGGAGGCUGGGAUGAUGAAUGGGCACUCGAUGAAGAAGUGGAGACCCAAGGUAACACCCCACGGAAACAGGUAUCUACAGAAACUUCCAUUCCAGAUUCUGUGGACAUAACGAACCUACCUGAACUACUUCUGAAGUGCAUUCACAGUUUCCCCGAUAGAUGUGCUACCAUUGACCAGAGUCAGAUCGAUCAGCAGUACUUUGACUACAAACUAAACCUGCUGCAAACCUCAUCCUUCUCGUUAAGUUCCAGCCGUUACGGGAAGGAAUGGUGGCAGCUAUUCAUCGACAUGCGAGAAGUUGUGAAGCGUGAUGAAAAGUUACGAAUGAUCCAGGAGUUGAAUACGCGAUUUCUCGAGCGGUGUACGUCUUUAAAGGAAAAGUACAUUUACAAGACUGUACAAAGACAACUCCGAGAAUUCAUUACUAAGGAAAAAUCUCCCUCUUGGUCUUCUAUUCAAGAAGAUAUGUUACCAUUUGUCGCACAAGAGAUAUUGUUACCCUUGCGUAUGAUUAAGGGUGUUGAAGGCGCACGGUUAUCACUUGCUUUGCUGAAUUUCAUUUAUAACAAAUGCAUUACGGAGGUGAUUUUACGCUGGGAGAUUAUAUCUGAACACAACGCUGAAAACCUCAGCCAGCUGAUUGCAAUGGUAUACUCGAAUACUGAAUUGGAGGAACUGAACAGUUUGCCCGCCUACAGAGAGUUGCGUGAGAGAUUCUCACUCGUGGGGAAGUUUUUGCCGCUGCAUCUGAAGGAGAUUAUGGAAAUGUUUUACAACGGUGACUUCUACUUGUUUUCUACGCAGGAAAUUGUACAAUGGAUUACGUUGCUUUUCGCAGAUACUCCUCUGAGAAGAGAUGCUAUUGCAGAUAUUCAUGAGAUAAGAGAAACCACUCUAGAGGAUGAGUGA